AUGGAUAAACCGAUGGAGUUGCUACCUGCGCAUACCCCGCAAACUCUGGAGUUCAAGGUGUUGAGGACGGUUGACAUAUCCAGUGGUGCCAAGCCGCGUCUGCUAAAUAGCACUGCCAUGCCUGCUGCUAUCAAGACAAGCAGAACCCCAAAUCAUGUCCCUGUGGGCAUUAUGGUCGACCGCCAAGUGGACAAGACCGCCAGAACCAUGGAGAACGACAUGUCCAUGAUCACCGCCUUAAGACGCACUAGUUGCGAAGCUAGCACCCUAAAGCCCCUACACAGCAGGACCCUGAAUAUCAACCAUCAGCGGUCUAUUCCGAUAUGA